AUGUCCACUUCAAAACCCCACAUAGCCCAAGACCUCCUCUCGCGUGCCCACUCCCCUGACACAGCUGAGCAACUCUUCACCGAACGCAUAAAACAAAAACCACUCUACCUGCGCCCAACAUCGCCUACACCAGCCGACAAACGGUCACGUCGUCGACUUCAACGACUCCGCAAGAAAGAAUACUUCUACCGGAAACAACGACCUCAACCGCUCUCAGCGCGACAAAAACGUGUGUCGGGAUUGUACGACAUUUCGAAGGAGGAAUGCAAGUAUGAAGUCUUCAAGGGGUUGCAUGGGAUGUGGGUGCAGUAUAUGCAGGAGGUACUGGGGAUAGAGAAGAGUACGAAUGCGACGAAUAACGGUAGGCCGUUGACGAUAAGUGGGCCGGCUCAUGGGAGUAAGCUCGUCAGCGCGGAUUAUCAUGGUGCGGAGGUUGAGGUUGUGCGCAGUCGGUGCGCGGGCAGGGUUGGCGUGAAGGGGAUUGUGAUCAGGGAUACGAAGUUUACGUUUGUUAUUGUGACGGAGAAGGAUGUUGUUAAGACGAUACCCAAAGAGCAUACAGUCUUUCGAUUCACUAUUCCGUCUACACCGGUACAACAAUCGACUGACGACACGACUAGUAAGGAGAGGCUGGAGGGGGAGAAGCCGAAAGAUUUCGUCUUCGAGCUGCACGGAAGUCAAUUUGAGAAUCGGCCUGUGGAUCGCGCGAAUAAGAAGUUCAAAUGGAGGAAUAUCGACUAUGUUUGA